CAAAUUAACAUGUCAUCCUCACAAACACAAAUUAUGUGGGGGUACAAACCGUGUGGGACAGCGACCAUUAUGCGAAAUGAGCGCAGUUACCUAUACUGCCUCUUUUUUUUCUUUAAUCUUUGAAAAUUUGGGUUAAUUUGAUCAUAUAGUAUUAUAAAUAGGACUUGUAUAAGACAUUGAUCAAACCAUCCAAUCAUAAAUCACAUACAUAAUCCUACUACUAAGUCUUCUCUUUUAUUUUACUUAGCAAAAACAUCAAACAUGUCGGAGCAUCACCACCACCACGGGCUCUUCCAUCACAAGAAGGAUGAUGAGGAGAAGCCCGUGGAGGCUGUGAUCUACUCGGAGACCACCACCUAUCCCGACACCGGGUACGGUGGUGGGUUCACAGAGACUACGACUGCUGUAAUCACAUCGGAGGAGCCUGAAAUAAACUAUGACAAGGAGGUGAGAAAUCACAAGCAUAAGGAGCACAUGGGUGAGCUUGGUACUAUUGCUGCUGGUGCCUUUGCUUUGCAUGAGAAGCACAAGGCGGAGAAAGACCCAGAACAUGCUCACAAGCACAAGCUUGAGGAGCAUCUUGCCACAGCCGCGGCUGUCGGUGCUGGUGGUUAUGCCUUCCAUGAGCACCAUGAGAAGAAGGAAGCCAAGGAAGAGAAGAAAGAGCACGAAGGAAAGCACCACCACCACCUCUUUUAAGUAUUAUGUAUCUACUCUUAUCAAUGAGCUAUUUAUAUUUAUAUGAUAAUGGAGCACAUUGUGUGCUCUAGGCUCCAGCAGUUUGUGUUUUCCUAGCUUUAUGGCUUUGUGGGUGAGAGGAUGGCAUAAUUUAUAUCCUUUUUCUCUUCGUAUAGAGUUAAUGUCUAAUAUAUUGCUAAUAACUUUCAUCAAGCAUGAGUUUGCUGCUUGUAUACCACCUCUGUUCUAUAAAUUUUUCUUCGUUUUGCUU